AUGGGAACUGUAGUUAGGAAGGGCCAGUACUAUAGUGUAUUCAUGGUUCUGAGUCUUGUGACCGCCGCCAUUAUUCUUCAUGAUCAGUUAGCUUCAGCUCAGAAUAUUUCACAUUUCGUUGUUGAGGAAGCUUCUUUCACGAGGCUCUGCGAAACAAAGAAUAUUCUCACCGUGAAUAGAAAAUCUCCAGCCCCCACGAUAUAUGCUCACGCAGGAGAAACCCUGAUUAUGGAUGUCGAAAACAAAGGAAAUGACAACCUUACAAUCUUCUGGCGCGAGGGAAGAUACUUGACGAGGCAUGAAAGGCAAUUAAUAUGGUUAAUCCAACCAGGGAGAAAAGUACGCCAAAACAUCACAAUAUCUGACCAAGGGACACUAUGGUGGCAUGCCAUGAAUAUCUGGCAAAGCGCCACAGUUCAUGGUGCAAUUGUUGUAUAUCCCAUGCCUGGAAUUUCUUAUCCUUUUCCCAAGCCUCAUGCUGAUAUCCCCAUCAUUUUAGGUGAAUGGUGGAAGAAGGAUCUCAAGGAAGUUAUACUUGAAUAUAUCGCAUCAAGCAGCAAUAUCAUGCAUUCUGAUGCUUUCACUAUAAACAGUCAGCCCGGAGAUUUUUACCCUUGCUCUAAUAAUGGAACUUUCAAGAUAGCAGUGGAGACAGGAAAGACGUAUCUCCUGAGGAUUGUUAACGCAGCAGCGGGCAAAACUCUCGUCUUUGGGAUCGCGAUGCACAAUCUAACAGUAGUUGCAAUGGAUGGGCGCCCUAUAAAUAAUCCAUUUACAAGUGACUACGUCGAGUUAAGUUUACAACAAUCGCUCGACUGCAUUUCUUCCAAAUUCUUACUAUGA